CACACCAAGUGUAUUACUAUAACUUCAAGCAGCAUAAAUCAUUAGAAGCACAAUACUAACACAGCACAGACCUUGCAACUUGUGAUCUGAAAACAAAUAGGUAAAAAGUAGUUCAACUUUUCUUCAGACUUUUCUUCAACUGAGAGAUCUUGGAAUAAAAGUGAACAAAAUUUCUUAGGGGUUAUUUUUGAAGAUCGAGUAGAAAUGGAAAGAGAACGUCCCCCCAAUUCUCAUUCCAAAGAAGAGAAAGGAAACUCAAGUAAUGAUCACAGGAAAGGAUAUGAUAAUGGUGCCAACAACAAGAAGGGACCAAGGCACCAACAGGCACCACGGACGAGAUGUGGGGCCAUGCUAGCGGCCGUGAAGCGAAACGCCUUCAUCAUCACCAUGAUGCUGAACUCAACCAUCGAUUCUCUGACCAUAUCGGUUCGUGGUCAGUACCGAUACAGAUUUUUCCACCAGCUGCAUGAGGACGAGCUUCACAGAUACAACGCUAGCGGUCAGUGUGGAGAGGAGAUACCCGAGGUGAAGGCCAUCGAGAACAAGAUCAGCCAAGAGACCUCCAUGUGGAGUAUGUAUGACCUUCUCGUAGUCCUGCCACCAAUGAUGGUGGCUUCUGUUGUUCUGGGGAUGAAAUCGGACCAGAUCGGUCGCCGUUUUCUAUUCCUCUUCCCUUUCGCAACAAGUUUGGUAGAGUGUGGCUUGUGGAUGGCAGUUAUAUGGUUCAAGCUACACUAUGGAUGGACGCUCAUCGGCGGUGUCGCGUGGGGCAUCUCUGGAGGAAGCAUUAGUAUGCACUUUGCCUCACUGGCGCUCAUCUCCGACAGCUACAACAAGCAUGAAGACGACAGGAAUAAAGAACAUGUCAAAGACGGGGCGCAGAAGACUGCCGAGUCGGAAGAUACAGACCUGGAUUUCUCCAGAGAGAGAAGUAGGACUUAUAAGUUUGUUCUUCUAGACAUCAUCAACAUGGUUGGCGCCAGUGCCAUGGGCUUCGCCUCUGGGUACAUCAUUAUUGGAGUAGGUUUCUUCUACUCCAUGACCAUCGUUCUAGUCGUGAAAUGUGCCAUCUUCUUUUUUGCCUUCGCUUUCAUUGAGGAGUCUGUCCAGCAGAAGAAGAGCAUCAGCUUCAUUCUGCCGUUGAAGAUCAUCUACCGAGCAUUGAAGGACCCUCGCAAAAGGCUCACUCUUAUUUUCAUCAACGUGGCCAACGUGCUGUACGUUUUCGCUAUCGUCAGUGAGCUGAACAUCUUGAGGACUUAUCAGAUGAGUCCUCCGUAUUGCCUUAACGCGGAGGAGCUCGGAUGGAUCUCUGGAGAGAACAGGGUGAUUAGCCUCUUUACCAUGCCUGUGCUUUGGUUCUGGCACCGACUUCGCUUGUCCGAGUCGACCAUUGCAGCCAUUGGAAUGGCUUUUGAGGCUGCUGGUCAGUUCCUGAUGGCCACUCUGCGCAUGAAAUGGGUCUUCUUUGCCGCCCCAUUCAUCUCCAUUCCGGGGAAACUGUCAGGAGUGAUGGCAAAAACGAUCACGUCUCGGAUGAUUGGUCGAGAAGCUUUCGCUUCUACAUUCGCCCUGAUGAUGUUAUCCAUGGAGAUAUUUGCCUUCAUUGGAACUGUGACGAGCAACUACGUGUACCAGUACACAGUGGCCUCCCUGCCCUCAGCCUUUCUCUACCUCGGUGGUGCCUCCUUCACAGCCGCCUGCAUCUUCUACAUAGCGGAGACAAUCAGCCAAUGCGACGUCCGACUGCACCGACUGUUGAGAUGUCCUUUCCCGGCUAAGGCUCGGAAAAUAUUGAAAAAAGACUGGUGGUGGGAGUGCGAGGGUUACAAUGCUAGGAAACACAAAUGUUAAGUCUAGAAUGUUCACUUUUAAUUUUUGUUAAGGUUUUUGGGGUGCUGUAAUGUCUAAAAUACGAUUAAUUCAUUGUUCUCUACUCUCUUUCUUUCUGACUCUAAUACACAACUGCGUGUGGAUCCGUGUUGUUUGACUAAAACGAAUAAAUCCAGUCGCAAAAAGAAUAUGUGAAAAAAUACAGGCUCUUAUUAAAAAAAAUCUACCACGAAAU